AUGGAACACAUCCAGAAAAAUGUGAAGAUUGUAUCAUCCAAACCUCAUUGGUUGCUUCUUUUGGAUCCAUACAUUGCGGGUUACUCUCUGAAGUCGUAUACAUGGGGCACAUUUUAUGUUGACUAUGUUCAUAAGGUCAAUUGGAACGAUUGGGCUUUCGGACGACUUGUCUUUCCCGAAGAUUCGAAGGAUCUGCUACUCACGCUUGUGAGGAGCCAUGCACAGGUUCGAGAUAUCGGGCAAGAUAUCGUUGCUGGAAAAGGAAAUGGGUUUGUCGUUCUGUUGAGCGGACCACCUGGGACUGGGAAGACCCUAACGGCGGAAGCUGUCGCUGAGCAAGCACAACGCCCUUUCUUGCGUAUCCAAGCUGAAACACUAGGAAAAGAUGAUGAAGAUCUGGAAGAAGAAUUAGGGACCUGGUUCAGGCUAGCCACUGAAUGGAACGCUGUUCUCCUUAUAGAUGAAGCUGAUGCGUAUCUCGGAAACACCGAUGAAAAGACGCACCGUUCCAGUCACGUGCGAACUUUCAUGACCCAAUUGGAGUACUACUCUGGAGUGGUAUUAUUGACAACCAACUUCCCCGAGAAGAUCGAUGAGGCCUUUUCUUCCCGCAUUGACGUUCACUUCGAGUAUCCAUCUCUAGACAGAACAGCACGAUGCAAGCUUCUCAAAGCCAUGACAGAGUUCGCGACUUCCUCAAACGUGUUUGCACAGUCCACUGACCUGUCUGAACAAGACUAUUGGCGUCUGGCGCGUUGGGAGUUGAACGGCAGAGAGCUCAAGAAUGCAGUGAAGAUAUCCACUAGGCUGUGUUCUAUCAAGAAGGAGAAACUUUCAUACGAUGGAUUGGAGACGGCAAUCCGGCACACUGCUCCGCGGAAGGUCAUUGAGUCAGAAUCGAGUUUGCCACCAGCCAAGAGGGCUCGUCUUGAGUGA